AUGGGUCUUCGUCUUCUUAUCUCUUUAUCUAUCUAUCGAUCGAUCGAUCUCUGUUUAUGUCUAUCUAUCUGUCUCUGUUUAUCUAUCUAUCUAUCUAUCUAUCUAUCUAUCUAUCUAUCUAGUUCAUUUGUUUACAUCUCAUUCUGUUCAUAUCUAUCUACCUAUGCCUAUUUAUAUCUAUCUAUCUAUCUAUCUUCCCGUCAUGUAGUUACAGUUGAGUCAAAAACGUUUUUCGAAGACGAAACGAAACGAAUUCCCGAUCAUUCGCGACACGUAAAACGAAGUGAGAAUCGAACCAGACGUUCGCUUUCGAACGGGGGCCAAAGGCGAUGUGUACGCGCGUCGGCCGAUUUGUCGACCAACGCUCGUCGGCUCGCGCGGGAUGCUCGCCCUCACGCCACGUUCAGUCCCCUGGUCGCCUUCCCCCGUCCAUUCUUUUUUUCUUUUAUGCGCCGUCCUGGCACGUUCGACCCCGAAAGAGCACCGCCACCGUCCAGUUCGAAUCUGAAGGCCGCUAACACCAAUUAUACCGUCGAGCUGCAGCCGCUGGGCACGCGCUCUCUAUUUAUCUAUGCAUGUGCCUUAAUAUCUAUCUAUCUAUCUAUCUAUCUAUCUAUCUAUCUAUCUAUGCCAAUGACUUAUCUAUUUAUGCCAGUGUCUUAUCUAUCUAUCUAUCUAUCUAUCUAUCUAUCUAUCUAUCUAUGCCAAUGCCUUAUCUAUUUAUGCCAAUGCCUUAUCUAUCUAUCUAUCUAUCUAUCUAUCUAUCUAUGUCAAUGCCUUAUCUAUUUAUGCCAGUGCCUUAUCUAUCUAUCUAUCUAUAUAAUUCUAAACUGUAAUUUCUAUCUAUCUAUCUAUCUAUCUAUCUAUCUAUCUAUCUAUCUAUUCUAUCUAUGCAUAUAUCUAUCUAUCUAUAUCUAUCUAUCUAUCUAUCUAUCUAUCUAUCUAUCACCCUAUCUAUGCAUGGGAAUGUAUCAAUCACAGAUUGUUUAUCUAUCUAUCUGUCUAUCUAUCUCAUUCUGUUAA